AUGCGGAGUAGAAGGUGGUCUUCAAAGUGGUUCAUUCCACAAAUAAGACAACAUCGGAGAGGAAGCCUCCUUGUGACCAAGACCUUGAACCACGGCUUUGUGGCCAUAAAUACCAUUUUAGGCGACCGCACCCGCGCACAACCAGAAUCUUCCUCAGUUGCUCUUGUUUUUUUCUGGGCCUGUCUUGCCUCGGCGAAUGGAAACCUUUGGUAG